UGUUUUUGCCUAAGUGAUGUUGGCCUCUUCUUAAUCACUGCUAAUUUCUUAGCUCCAGUUGACCAGCAUCUAUUGUCCCUGUAAAGCAAAGACUUACUUCACUGGCACUGUUCUUGUUAAUUACAGCUAGUCAUUUAGUCCCAGCUAACCAGACUCAGAUCUCAUCUUUAGUCUUGAAGUGAAUCAAAAACUCCCUCUGGAAUUUCGUAAGUUAGGCCUCCACUGUUUGCUUUACUCUCGACAUCCUUAUCUUCCAAGCGACCAAUGAAAAUGUCAUCAAGCUUUGAACUCGUAAUGGAUUUCUAGGCCAAAGUUCCAAGGUCCUUUCAAAGUCUUUCCCAAAACAAUAUGCCAGAUCUCUCACUGUAGCCCCAGAACCUGUUACCAUGUUGUUUUGAGGUUUCUAUUUCUGCAAUGAAACACAACGACCAAAAAACCAGCUGGAGAGGAAAGGGUUUAUUUGGCUUACACUUCCAUAUAACUGUUUGCCAUCAAAGAACCCAAUACUGGAAAACAAACAGGGCAGGGAACCUGGAAUCAGUUGUUGAUACAGAGACCCUGGCUUGCCCCUAUGGCUUUUCCACCUGCUUUCCUUUUAGUCCCCAAGACCACAAACCCAAGGAAGCAUCAUCCAUAGGGGCUGGGCCCUCCCCCAUCAAUCACUAAUUUACAAAAUGUUGUACAGGUUUGUCUGCUGCUCACACUGCUGAAGGAAAUUUUUCUUUUUCGAGGUUCCCUCCUAUAAGAUGAAUAUGACCGUGUCAAGUACACAAAACUAUCCAGAACGCUGGGGUCAAGAGAAAAUAAACUCUAACGGGUCAUGGAAGAUCUUCUAACCUCGUUAGUAAUUGACUCUGGAGUUCCUCACAGUGGCUAAACCUUAGGCUAAAAUGCACCUUUGUUAUUACGGAGAUUUCUACUUCAUUGAAUUGAGGAAUCAAUGAGCCAAAAAUAAAAGCUAGUUUAGUUUCACUUUCCUGUUCUUAAAAAUGCAGGCAAUUCAGAAAGAAAACUGGACCCACUCUCCUAUGUGAUUGGCUAGCACACUCUGAAGGUGGGACAAAAGUCAAGACAAAGGAGCUACCCAACUUCCUUGUUUCUGCUGCAAAGACUCCAGCACAGCUGAGGGCUAUUCCUGUCUUGAGCAGUGAGAGCAUCCCCUGGACACAGGAUUUUCGGUGCCAUUAUUUGCUCACUGUCAUGGGUCAGCAGUUCUCUUCAUCUAAGAAUGAGCGCCAGCGCCACCAAGAUUUGGCCUCCAGUUUUACCGAAUAUUUUAAGAAGUUUAAGGUAGAAAGCAAAAUCAUUCCUCAAGAAACCUUAGCUUCAAUUGUGUUAAACUUGUCAAAAGGAAACAUUCAGGUGGCAAACUCUUUUAUCACUAAUGCAUUAAAAGAAAUGGACAGCACCCCACUCAAUGUUGCUGUGACCGGAGAGUCUGGAUCAGGGAAGUCCAGCUUCAUCAAUGCCCUGAGGGGGAUUGGGCAUGAAGAGGAAGGUGCAGCUGAAAUUGGUGUGGUAGAAACUACCAUGGAGAGGCAUCCCUACACACACCCCAAUAUUCCCAAUGUGGUUUUUUGGGACCUGCCUGGGAUUGGAACCACAAAUUUCCCACCCAAAGAUUAUCUGGAGAAAAUGAAAUUCAACGAGUAUGAUUUCUUCAUCAUUGUGUCUGCCACACGCUUUAAGAAAAAUGAUAUAGACCUCGCCAAAGCAAUCCAAAAGAUGAAGAAGGAUUUCUACUUCGUGAGAACCAAGGUGGACUCUGACUUGAAAAAUGAGAAGGAAUUCAAACCACGAACCUUUAACAGAGACAAGGUCCUGUGGCAGAUCCGUGAUAGUUGUAUGAAGACCUUUCAGGAGAAUAAGGUUAAGCAACCACCCAUCUUCUUGAUCUCUAAUAAAAUCUUAUCUGAGUAUGAUUUCCAACUCCUCAUGGACAAGGUGGUGAAUGCUCUCCCUGUAUACAAACGUCACAAAUUUAUGCUCUCCUUGCCUAUUAUUACACGUGCAGCCAUUGAAAAGAAGCGGCAGUUUCUGGAGCAGACCAUUUGGCUCGAAGCCUUUGCAGCCCUAUUCAAUAUGGUCCCUUCACUGAACAUCUUAAUGGGCGAUGAUGUGGAGAAUCUUAGGUGCAGCAUGAAGCGCUAUCGAGCUGUCUUUGGAGUGGAUGAUGAAUCCUUGCAGAGUUUGGCUGAGGACUGGCAAGUGUCGGUGGAUCAGCUCAAGGCAAAGAUGAAAUCUCCUCAUGUGUUUGAAACUAAAGAGAAAGAAACAACACAAGAAAGGCUUUCAAGACUUUAUGAGGAGUUCUAUUUGGCUAACGGGCACCUAGUUGCUAAGAAUGUUUAUGUUAAAGAAUUGUUUUACCUGAAAUAUUCUUUCCUUGACAUGGUGACAGAUGAUGCUAACGCUCUUCUCAGAGAGAUAUGUGUAAAAAAUAACUUGGUUUCUGCUUAAGCUGAAAUGUUGUAGCUGUCAAAAAUCAGAAUCAAUGACAGAAAAAUAGGACACUGAUAUUGCAAAACAACAUACUGGGUUAUUCAGGCCAUGCAGGCUUUAUCCAUGCUUAGUGAUCAUAUAUCCACAUUAGUUGUAGCAAGGGGAUCAGAUAUGUGUGAAUAAUCUGAGUGCUAAAAACUAUCUACUCACUUUGAAUAAACUAUCAGAUCUAGUAAUUUCACUUUUAUACAAAUUUAUUUCAUAUAAAUCAACAUCCACUUUUGUGUUUAA